GCGCAUAUAAUCGCGAGUAGCGCACGCGGAGCGCACCGGUGCCAUGAUACUCGCAAAGGGCGUGUUAUACGUGCUAUUCGCUGUUGCCGUUUUCGCAAAAAAGGAGCGCCACAAAAAACCAUUGGCGGCCAAGAAGGGUACCAAGCUAAUACCGGCCACAGUGAAGGGCCUGCAAUGCUACAACUGCUUGUCCUACGACCACAAGGGCUGCUGGGACCCUGACCAUCCGGAUAAUGGCAACAUUACGGUGCCUAACAUUGACUGUUACAUACCCGGCAUGGCGUUUUUAUGUCUGGUCAUCACUGCGGAGUCAGCGAAACUAGUGGAGACCGGCGCAGAAAUCGGCCCAAUCCGGGCCCGAACCUGCGUCCCCGCGAAAGACUUCAGCAAGAACUCGGUCUCGCACUCCAUGUGCAGCAAACUGGGGAAGGAGCUUUCGGCCUCAGAGAUAUUUUCGAGGAUCUCGAUCUCUAGGCCUCGCUGUUCGUUGUGUAACAGACAUCUAUGUGCCUCUGUUUGCUAGGUUAUCAUGUAAAUUUUUUUUACAUUUAUUAAAUUUUUAUAUUUAAUAGAAUUGCAUGCUCUUGCUCCUAGUAGGUGCUUUAGUAUCUAAAAAUUUAAAAUAUGAUAGACAUGAAUUGUUAGUCCGUGGCGCUCACGACAAAAAAGUGCGAUUUACGGCAAAUGAUGAUGAUGGAAUUUCCUUUUACACAGUUUCUCCUUUUGACUUACAGAUUGAUUUAGUAAGGGGAGCCAAUCGAAUGAUUUGAUAAGGAGGGGUGCCCCCCAAAAUUUGUAAAAAAGAGAAGUUUUGCCUUGUGGUCAAGUUUGGUAUCAUUUUCGUGUAAUUUAAGGAUGCCGAAUUCAAUUCUGAUAUUUAAUUUAUACGUUUUUAUAUAAAAUACUUAAAAAAAAACAACGGGUUGCACUCCGGGAGUGCCGACAGAAGUGAAAACUCAAUGACUAGUCCAAAAUGUCUGCAGCACUAUGUAUAAUUGACCCAUCCUCCUUUCUAUUGAAAAACCUUAGUUCAGAAAUUGCUGGCCAGUGAGCUUAAAUUUGUAGCGUUAAUUGUUUAAAAUUCGAAUAGAAAUUGUAAAGCUACCUUGCAGACCUCGCAUCUAUAGUACAUUGUAGGAGAGGACGGAAAACCGCUAAAAGAUGGACGAGUCGUUUGAGGGCCGACACGUUAGUGGAGGCCUUCAAAUAAUACGAGUCCAUCUUUAGCGUUUCCGGCCGAGGCAUUACAUAGUGCUUUUCACGACUACUGCGAGGAAAUAAGAAAACAUUUGCAUAACUAUAAGUACUAGCCUGCGAUUUCUCUGCUAGCAAAUUACUAGCCACUGCCUGUGCUGUCUCUUGAAUUUCGAUAGGCGUCAGCGUAAGAAUAUCAUAUUCUUCACUAGAAGAACUCAUUUUUAUAGCGAGCGUAGAUACGUGUUUCUUGUAUUUUUUUGUCAAACACAAUUUACACUAUCCGAUUCACUAAGUAUUUUCAGAUCCCGCCUUUUUUACUUUUUUAUCACUUUUAAGAGGCGUUUUUCUGUUAGUUGCUUCAAAACGACUCUAAACUUAGAAGCGUUUUUGCUAAAAAAAACACAAACAGCUACAAAAGUGAAAAGCGCCUUAAGCAUGAACUGAAUGGAUAAUUAAAAAAAAAUGAACUGAAUGGUUUUGACAUUUAUUUAUUUUUUAACAAGCAAUUGGUACUAUAAAUAACCUUAUUUUAUUUUUGAAGGAAAAAAUUGCGCCAAAAAAGACCUUUUAUUGAUUUUUAUGUUUUAAAUGAUACUCAUUGCUGUAGCGAACCGUCACCAAUGACAGAUGAUGAUAACAAUGAAACAUUGUAGUAGUUGGUCAUGAUAUUUUGAGUUUUAUUCACCAGUACUAGAGUUAACUUUUUUUAGCGAUUUAAUCAAGAUGUAGCUUUAUUGAAUUAUAUUGGAGUGAUAUAAAGUUAGAAUUUAACUGUGAGAUCUUCGUAUUUCAGCCCGUACAAGAUUAGAACAUUGAGCUUUAUUGCUAAAUAUUAAAGUCCAGUUUUAAUUAAUUGACCUGAUUAUGAUAAGUUAUGACUAAAGUUCUUUGGUGAAUAAAAACGAAACAGCAGGCUCAGGCAUACAUUUUCGCCGCGCGGUAGAAAGAGAGGGUUACGCCUUACGCUGUCUCGAGUUUAACCUUUUUUCCCCACCUCAAAAAGUGCACAGCGCCGCUAAAGAAGUUUUCACUUCAAAAUGAAAAAAUUAAAUUCGAAAUUUCGAUUAUUUGUUUUUUCAAAUAAAGGCCGAUAUUUUUUUUAUUUUAAUAUGUAGAGAAAAGAACAAUAAAUUUACGAAAAUGCCCUAUUAUUCCUCAUUAAAAAAAGUAUAAACAUGUAUAUGUUAAUUUGAUAAUUCUAGAUGGAAAAAGAAAAUAUAUAGACCUACUUUCGAACACAAGCUCACUGAAUAGGAUACAAAGAUGUGAGCUAUGCAAUUCAAGGCGUUUGAUGAUGAUGAAAUCCCCUUUUGCAUAUGAGUCCUUAGGAUCCUUAGGCCAUUUUAGGAAGGGGAGCCAUCUUGAUUUUUGGUGCGGUGGGGUAGGGUGAGGGGGUGAUUUGUCCCAUAAAAUCAUAAAUUAUGGACGGCGGACUGGGGCUGGACAGAUACCGGAGAAGUCUGGAAGCCUAGGUGGACCACCCAGCCCUAUAUCUGGGAAUCCGUCAGCCAAAUAACAAGAUGUGGCUGCAAGAAAGCCUGUAGAAGUCAAUGUUCCAGCAUAAAACAAGGCCUGCCAUGCACUUGCACUUACAUGCAACUGUCGAGGAUACUACGACAAUUCCAGCUAAUGUUUUGUUCACAUAGCUUCUCAAAAUCUUUUUAGGAAAUAAUAUACAAUGUAACCCAUUUUCAUACUCAUACUUAAUUACAUAUUACACGUCAAAAAUGGAAAAUUAAAUUAGAUAAAUUAAGUUACAAUUAUUGUUAUUAUGUUACAAUUACAUGUCUUUCCCAUCACGGAACAAUGGUGUUCCGGACCUUUGGGAGGCGUGCGCGGAGCCGAAGCCAACACGUAGAGGCCCUUUUGACACUUUAAUGAAAUGUAAGGGGUACACCGAGCGGAGGCUGCCCUUGCCCGUGUCAUGGGACGCACGCAGAGGCAGCACCCGCCAGGGUGUAAGGACUAUUGAGAGUUGAUGGAAUCUAAAAUGAACUAGGUUAUUGGGUGAAAGCGAUGGACUAACAACUGAGCUAUGGGGUAAAAAACCGGACGCCUGCCUAAUAAAACGGUAUGCAAUUUUAUUUCCGGCAGACGGUGACUCGCCCUCACAAGAUGGGCCCCACAAAAAGCGACAUCUAGGAUGGCUCAGUUUUGGUUGGUAUACCUAAAUAAGUGUGUCAAAUAUUAUUACAAUUGUGAUGAUAGUGUUAAUUAAAUUUGUUUCAUUAUUAUUA